AUGAAUGUCGAGCCGAUUUGUGGCAGUGAUGGAAGAACCUAUAAUUCAUAUUGUGAAGUAAAACGAGCUAUAUGCCAUGGUAAUCCAGUGAAAAAACAGUUUUCCGGACCUUGUCCCGAAAAUUUGCGAUGUCAACUGGAACGAGCUUAUCAGUUGAAAUUAGCAGCGGAAAAAAUGAAUAGCAGUGAAGUUUACGUGCCGGAAUGCAAUGCUACCGAUGGUUCGUAUGCUACCAUACAGUGUCACAAAAGCACGGGUUAUUGUUGGUGUGUGACACGGAUCGGACGACCGUUGCCAAGUACAUCUAAACGAUAUGGCAUUCCGAAUUGUCAUAUUUUACAAAAGACGAAAAUUGGACGACGUUCGCAUCGAAAAAGUAACGGUGAUUCGGUAUCCUUAAAUGUAUGUACAACGGUCGAUCGAUCAACAUUCAAUGCCAAUUUGUUGAAUAUUUUUAAAAAGGAAUACGAACGCAGCGAGCAAUUUUUGCAUCACACAAAUGGAGCAAUGCAAUCAUUUGAUAAAAAGAUAUUACUUUGGAAAUUUGGUCAGCUUGAUAGUGAUAAGAAUAGCCGAUUAAAUUCAAAAGAAUUCGAUGGUUUACGUCGUCUUGUUCGAAAGCAUGUUACGCCGAAAACGUGCGCAAGAAAGUUUACAAAAUAUUGUGAUUUGAAUAAGGAUGGUGAAAUAAGUGCUCGUGAAUGGGUCACUUGCUUAGGUAUUGAUAUUUCUAGUAAGUUCAUUCUUCCUAAACUUUUCUCUCUUCCAAAAAUAAAAGUAACUGUGGGUGUAGUGGAUGAAAAUUACCAUUGUUUGAAUGAAAAAAUUUGGUAUCAAGAAGAUUGA